AUGCCUCCUUUACCGGGAUUCUCAGACAACCCCUUCCAGACGCGGCGUGACCUCAUCACGGGGGCCAUCGCGCUUCUCCAGCCACUCCUGCCGUACUUCUCCCCAGAGAAGGCCCUGAUCCGUCUACCAGUAAGCACGGGUACUCACUUCGAUGAGUUUGCCGCAAAUUUGGAAGGAUUUGCACGGCCGCUCUGGGCUAUCGCGGCGUUAUUGCGUGCUGCAUCCCAAAUCCGUGAAACUGAUCCUGAUCUAGCGGCUUCUCUCGACGGGCUCUCGCAGCCAUGGCGGCAAGGUAUCGUCGCGGGGACAGAUCCCGAGAGCCCUGAGUACUGGGGGGCUAUUGGAAAUAUGGAUCAACGCAUGGUUGAGGCAGAGAUCAUUGCUUUUGCCUUGCUCACUGCGCCGGAUGAGUUUUUUCAUAGCUUGAGUGAGAGUGCAAGGGCGAAUGUGAUGAGGUGGCUAAGGGGGAUCAAUGGGAAGGAGAUGCCAAUGAACAACUGGCGAUGGUUCCGCGUCUUUGUUGACUUGGCACUAGUCAAAGUCUGUGGCGUGCCGAUCGAAGAGGUCCGGCACGAGAUCAAAGAAGAUCUAGACCUGCUUGAAGUAUUCUAUUUGGGAGAUGGAUGGGCUGCAGAUGGGCCCUGGUUGAGUGCUGAGGACCAGCAGAAAGAGGAGUCCUUGUUCAAGGAGACGAGACGUAGAGAUGCCAUCGGUUUGGGGAGACAGGCUGACUAUUACUCUGGAAGCUUUGCCAUUCAGUUCAGUCAGUUGCUGUAUACGCACUUUGCGGAAGAUGUGGAUCCGGAUAGAGUUGCAAUUUACCGACAGCGAGGUAGAGAUUUUGGAAAGUAUUUCUGGCGAUACUUUGAUGCUGGCGGAUCUGUGAUACCCUUUGGUCGAUCCUUGACGUACAAAUUCGCGUGCGGCGGUUACUUUGCUGCCGUGGCCUUGGCAGAAGUCUCCGAUAUGCCGGCACCACUAGCAGCCGUAGGCAGUGUUAGAGGCUUCCUCCUGAGGCACCUGCGGUGGUGGGCGUCACACUCGGAUGAUGUAUUCUACGUCGAUGGGACGAUGCACGUAGGAUGGCUUUACCCGAACAUGUAUAUGAGUGAAGAUUACAACUCACCGCAAUCGGUAUACUGGUGCCUCAAGACUCUAGUCGCAAUUGGUCUUCCAGAGGACAGUGAAUUCUGGACGGCUAAAGAGGCUCCAUAUCCCGAGUCGAUAGAGCCAACUCAGCUUGUGCAGAAGCCGAGGCAAAUUCUCUGUAAUCAUCCGGCAGGAAACCACCACUUUAUGCUUUCGCCAGCACAAUUUGUCGCUUGGCCAAUGAAAGCGACCCAGGCGAAGUACUGCAAGUUUGCUUACAGCUCAGCAUUUGCCUUUAGCGUGCCGACUGGGCCACUCAUCCAACAAAUAGCUCCAGAUAACACCCUUGCAAUCAGUAGAGAUGGCGCCGAGACGUGGGCGGUAAAAUGGAAGUGCAACGAAGCAAGUUUCAAACCGCUCAAGGUCGGUUCGGAACAAGUGACAGUCGCCUCGGUGAAGUGGAAACCACGGGGAGACGGAGCGGUGACGGUCGAGACGACACUGGUCCCACCAACCUCACAAUGGCCAGACUGGCAUAUUCGUGUCCAUCGCAUCGAGCUACAUACGGAUCUGCAAACACUGCACACUGUCGAGGGCGGAUUUGCCAUAUCAGGACGUCAGGCAGACGGCGCACCUGUGCCCCUGAGAUCCUUGGCAACUGAUGCCGAGCUCGGUGGGGCCGAGGGCGUUGAACAGGAUCACACUUCCGUUCUCAUUUUAUCUAGUGCUGGAGCCAGUGGUGUUGUAGCGUUGCUACCAGAGGAAAGUAGAGGACACGAAGUCAGCUGUUAUGCAUUGAAGCCGGACGCGAACACUAACAUCGCGUGUCAGCGGACAUUGAUUCCUGCCGUUGCGAACAGCUUGAAUGGACCAUUAAAGUCCGGAACACAGAUCAUUUUGGUGACCAAGGUUUUCGCCAUUUCUUCAGCGGCUAAUGGGGGAAUCAGAAGUGAUGCGCGACAAUUCGAAAAACGUUGGAGAAACGUCCCAAAGACACGAGUGGCAUCAGGACAAGAUUCGGGCCUUGAUAUUGAGUUGGGCUAG